GGAUAAUAUUAUAAAAUAUUUAUUUUUGAUAUAGUAAAAUUCACUUUUAAAAUUAUUGAUGUAUGAAAUCAUAUAAAAACAAAAAUAAUACAAUUAAUUCAAACUAUAAAUACAUACAAUUCAACACAAUAUUCUAUAAUAUUAUAUAUUAUAAAAUUAUAUAAAAAUAAGUGUUAUUGAAUAUCUAUUUUGGUAUAGUAAAAUUUAUGGAGGGAAUAUUUAUUUCAUUUACAUUUUCAUCUACUCUCUUUCUCUCCUCCACUAUUGAUAAUCAACUUCUAACAUCAUAAUCAUAUUUUUUUUCCACAAAAAAAAAUAAUAAUCAUCAAUCCAAAAAACAUCCAUUUUUACUCAAGAAUCAAGAUUAUCUACUCUAGUCAAAUUUCCGGAAAAAAAAAUUCAAUUUUUUUCUGUUGAAAAAAAGAUUGAAUUUUUAAGCUGUAAAUGGAAUCAAAUUCACUAAGACUAAUAACCCAUCAAUCAUUUUUCAAAGCAGUUGGAUGUGGAGAUCUUGAGUCAUUGAAAACAAUUAUCAAGAAUGAAGAGUUUGAUUUAUCUUCUUUAUUGAGUUUACAGAAUGAUGGAGGGGAAACUGCUUUGUAUGUUGCUGCUGCAAAUAAUUAUGAGGAGAUUGUUAGUUACUUGCUUGGGUUUUGUGAUUUGGAGGUUGCUUUGAUUAGGUCUAAAGCUGAUUUUGAUGUUUUUCAUGUUGCUGCUAAAAGUGGUCACUUGGGUAUUGUGAGGGAACUUUUGGCCAUGUGGCCUGGACUUUGUAAAGUAUGCAACUCGUCGAAUACAAGCCCUCUUUAUUCAGCUGCCGUCAAGGGACAUUUGGAUGUGGUGAAUGCCAUUUUAGAUGCAGAUGUGAGCUCCAUACGAAUUGUUAGGAAGAACGGGAAAACUGCGCUACACACAACUGCUAGGUAUGGCCUUCUGGAUAUUGUAAAAGCACUUAUAGAGCGAGAUCCGGAUAUUAUAUCGAUCAAAGAUAAAAAGGGUCAAACCGCACUUCAUAUGGCUGUUAAGGGUCAGGAUACCUCUGUAGUAGAGGAAAUGUUGGAUACCGACAACUCAAUAUUGAAUGAGCGUGACAAGAAGGGCAACACAGCUCUGCAUAUAGCCACACGGAAAUGUCGCCCCCAGAUUGUGAGCCUUCUGCUCACUUACACCUCUCUUGACGUCAAUGCAAUUAAUAAUCAAAAGGAAACCGCAAUGGACUUGGCAGACAAGCUGCAAUAUGGAGUUUCAGCUUUGUUAAUUAAGGAAGGUCUAACUGAGGCUGGUGCAAAACAUGCCAGAUUUGUCAGUCAAUUUGAUGAAGCAUCAGAACUUAAGAGGACCGUAAGUGACAUUAAGCAUGAGGUGCAAUCCCAGCUUAUACAAAAUGAAAAGACUCGAAGGCGUGUUUCUGGUAUUGCCAAAGAACUUCGGAAGAUUCAUAGAGAAGGUGUUCAGAAUACCAUUAACUCUGUGACUGUCGUUGCUGUUUUGUUUGCGUCUAUUGCUUUUCUUGCUAUAUUCAGCCUGCCAGGCCAAUAUUUGGAGGCUGGACCCGAAGUGGGAAAGGCCAGAAUCGCUGAUACUGUUGCGUUUCGCGUCUUCUGCCUCCUGAAUGCUACUUCUCUCUUUAUAUCUCUCGCUGUCGUUGUUGUUCAGAUUACUCUGGUCGCGUGGGAUACUAGAGCGCAGAAACAAAUCGUCUCUGUCGUGAACAAGUUGAUGUGGGCAGCCUGCGUUAGUACCUGUGGAGCAUUCCUAGCUGUUGGUUUUGUUGUUGUAGGGAGGAAAAGCUCGUGGAUGGCAAUCACUAUUACCGUGCUUGGUGCACCUAUUCUCAUUGGAACUCUCGUUAGCUUGUGCUACUUUGUUUUCCGACGGCAUUUUGGAAUAUGUGGUAGCGAUUCUCAAAGGCGUAUCAAAAGAGCAAGUGGGAGCAACUCUUUUUCAUGGUCGUACUCAGCUAAUAUCUCCGAUAUGGAUGACUACAACUCCGACGAGAAAAUCUAUGCUCUGUGAGACACAUUGCAAUAUUUGUACGAUACCUCCCUUCCGCGUAUCAGGUAUGCCGUUGAACCUUAUGCUUGUUACCGAUAACCUGAGUGAUGUUGAACGAGAUACACAUGCAUCAGGUGCACAUUUUCAACACCAUGCAUGAUGAACUGACAAAAUCCGGAGCUCAUCCAGUUAGUUGUAUAGUUUUCGCGUUGCAUCAGUCAUCGGAAUGUACAUUUAUACGCAUAGUUUGUAUCUUAAUAAACACUUUUCGCCUCGUGUACUACCCCGUUGAUGUAUAAUUAUAAUCUGAGGGCUGUACAUACUAGUGUAGGACUUUGUAAGUUAUUGGAUGGAGCAUUGCUAAAGAAAUCCACAUAAAAAGCUUUUUGAAUCUUUA